CCCACAGUUAAUUGCAGCACCAGCUCUAACAACUGCACAUUCGCAGACCUGCUCUGUGGAAUGAACUACAACGUCACAGUCACAAGGAAUGAUGGUCAAUGCAGGAGUCUGCCAUCCACACCCAUUCAGAUACAGUCAGCUCCCUGUGACCCUCAAAACAUCACAACUGUGCUCCAGUGUGACACCAACACGGCCAACGUGACAUGGGCUGCCAGCGCAGGAGCUAAUGGGUACACAGCAAUGGCAACAGACGGGCAGCAGCAACGCUUAGCUUCUUGUCACUCUAUAGGAACUUCCUGUCAGCUGACCUCUCUGCCGUGUGGGAUGAGACUAAAUGUGACUGUCCAAGCUGAUGACACCACCUGCAACAGCAGCUCUCAACCUAAAGCUGUGGUGGUAACAGCUCCCUGCAUUCCCACCAAUGUUGCUGCCGCUCUACACUGUACAUCCAACAUUGCUUCCAUCACCUGGCACAGUGCACUUGGUGCCACUUGGUACUUGGUAAAGGUGGAAAGCAGCCAAGGGUACAAGACGUCCUGCAACAACACUGUCACACACUGUGAUAUCCCAAACCUGCAGUGUGGCCAGGAAUAUUCCAUCACAGUCAUGGGCAUGAAUGGUGUCUGCAUGGGCCCGGCUAGCCAGCCUUUCACUCUCGUCUCAGCACCAUGCCACAACACUGGCAUUCAAGCCAGUCUGGACUGCCGCACCAACUCAGCACUCAUUUCUUGGACACCAGGCAAUGGUUCAUUAAGUUUCAAUGCAACACUGCAGUCUUUCCAGGACCCCCAAAAGCACAGCUGCUUCAGCAACAGCUCCUCCUGCAACAUCAGCUCACUGCCGUGUGGUCAGCACUAUAACAUCAGUGUUACAGGAUACGGCCGGACCUGUUCAACCUCUUCUAAAACCUUGGUCACUCUAGACACGGCUCCAUGUGUUCCCACUCAAGUCAAUGUGUCAUUAUCCUGUGGGUCGGCCACUGCAUCUGUUUCCUGGGCAGCAUCUAGUGGCCUUGUUUCAUACUAUACAGCAACAGCAGUAGAUGAUAAUGGACAAACGCUAACCUGCAACUCCAGCAGCACUUCCUGUGACAUCAGCGGCCUGGUGUGUGGUCAGGCGUACAAUGUGUCAGUCACAGCUAUGAGUGUGGACUGCACUGGGCAACGUAGUGAAGUGCGUCGCAUCAGUACUGCACCCUGUGCUCCUCAGUCUGUGGUCAGUCAGCUCUUAGACUGUCGAACAGGUGAUGUUCAAAUUAGCUGGCAGUCGAGUAAAGGGGCGCAGAUCUACUAUGCGCAAGCAAAAUCCACUGACAAGACUCUGGUGUGUAACUCCACCUCCACGUCCUGCAUAAUCCCUGCAAUUGGCUGUGGGCAGACGUACAAUAUCACUGUGGUUGCAGAAGCCAGCGGCUGUAGCUCCAACGCCAGUGUGACCAGUCAGGUCACGGCAGCCCCAUGCCCUCCACUGAAUAUCCAGUCCAUAAUGAACUGUGACAGCAACACAACAAGUGUGUCCUGGUCCAGGGGCAAUGGAGCUCUGUCCUUUAUUAUGGCAAUGGAAUGCUCUAAUGGACAGACGCACAUCUGCAGGACCAAUGAAACAGGAUGUGACAUCACUAACAUGGCAUGCGGACAAACAUGCACAGUUAAGGUAGUGGCAGAGGGACGUUCCUGCAACAGCUCUGAAGGGACUGGAUCACCUGUCAUAACAGGUCCUUGUGUACCACAAAAUGUGUCGGCCAGUGUAAGCUGUAGCAGCAACAUAGCAAGUGUAACCUGGGGGAGCAGCCAAGGGGCGGAGCUUUACACAGUGACAGCCAGCAGUGCUAAUGGCCUUUCAGCUAACUGCACAUCACCAUCCACUUCCUGUGACCUGUCAACUUUGACCUGCGGAGAGUCUUACACGAUCACAGUGAAGGCAAAAGGCAGCAACUGCAGCAGUGGGAACAGUGCGCCUGUUCAAGUUCAAGCAGUGCCCUGCACCCCAAGUAAUGUCCUGCCCACCGUGGAUUGUGUCACAAAUGCUUUAGUGGUAUCAUGGACACCUGGUGCAGGAGGACAGUAUUACACGGCCACCUUGCAGGACAGCAAUGGACUGUCCACCACCUGCCAGUCUACGGGCUCACAGUGUAAUGUGACGGGGCUCAGGUGUGGUCAGCUGUACCAUGUCAAUGUGACGGCGUCAGAUGAUCUGUGCAGCAGCCCUCCCAGUGCUACUGUGAACACUAACUCAGGAACUUCCUGUCAGCUGACCUCUUUGCCGUGUGGGAUGAGACUAAAUGUGACUGUCCAAGCUGAUGACACCACCUGCAACAGCAGCUCUCAACCUAAAGCUGUGGUGGUAACAGCUCCCUGCAUUCCCACCAAUGUUGCUGCCGCUCUAAACUGUACAUCCAACAUUGCUUCCAUCACCUGGCACAGUGCACUUGGUGCCACUUGGUACUUGGUAAAGGCGGAAAGCAGCCAAGGGUACAAGACGUCCUGCAACAACACUGUCACACACUGUGAUAUCCCAAACCUGCAGUGUGGCCAGGAAUAUUCCAUCACAGUCAUGGGCAUGAAUGGUGUCUGCAUGGGCCCGGCUAGCCAGCCUUUCACUCUCGUCUCAGCACCAUGCCACAACACUGGCAUUCAAGCCAGUCUGGACUGCCGCACCAACUCAGCACUCAUUUCUUGGACACCAGGCAAUGGUUCAUUAAGUUUCAAUGCAACACUGCAGUCUUUCCAGGACCCACAAAAGCACAGCUGCUUCAGCAACGGCUCCUCCUGCAACAUCAGCUCACUGCCGUGUGGUCAGCACUAUAACAUCAGUGUUACAGGAUACGGCCGGACCUGUUCAACCUCUUCUAAAACCUUGGUCACUCUAGACACGGCUCCAUGUGUUCCCACUCAAGUCAAUGUGUCAUUAUCCUGUGGGUCGGACACUGCAUCUGUUUCCUGGGCAGCAUCUAGUGGCCUUGUUUCAUACUAUACAGCAACAGCAGUAGAUGAUAAUGGACAAACGCUAACCUGCAACUCCAGCAGCACUUCCUGUGACAUCAGCGGCCUGGUGUGUGGUCAGGCGUACAAUGUGUCAGUCACAGCUAUGAGUGUGGACUGCACUGGGCAACGUAGUGAAGUGCGUCGCAUCAGUACUGCACCCUGUGCUCCUCAGUCUGUGGUCAGUCAGCUCUUAGACUGUCGAACAGGUGAUGUUCAAAUUAGCUGGCAGUCGAGUAAAGGGGCGCAGAUCUACUAUGCGCAAGCAAAAUCCACUGACAAGACUCUGGUGUGUAACUCCACCUCCACGUCCUGCAUAAUCCCUGCAAUUGGCUGUGGGCAGACGUACAAUAUCACUGUGGUUGCAGAAGCCAGCGGCUGUAGCUCCAACGCCAGUGUGACCAGUCAGGUCACGGCAGCACCCUGUCCACCUACUUUUGUCACUGCUGUUUUGGACUGCUCUACUAACAUGGUCUUAGUGUCGUGGAGCUCCUUGGGCAUUUCAGGGGUUCAUUACACGGCAACAGCAAUUGGCCCAUUGGGGCCCUCUAGUGGUGUGGAGUGUAGCACGACAAACUUCAACUGCACUCUUGCCCACCUGCAAUGUGGCAGCCAAUACAAUGUCACUGUCACUGCUACCCAAAACAACUGUACUAGCAAAUCCAGCAAGGAGUACUCCUUCAUUACAGCUCCAUGUGUGCCAGUUCUGAACGACGUGGCUCUGAACUGUAGCUCAAGGUCCGCUGUGGUGAACUGGUCAGGAUUGAGUCUAGAUGCAUUAUCGGUCAGCGCAGUGAGCUCUCAGGGUGAACAGCUGGGAUGUGGUGUCUUCAACAAUGGUUCAUGUGUGGUGGACGGACUGCAGUGUGGACAGACGUAUACGUUCAGUGUGAAUACAACGCAAGGCCAGUGCACCAGUGCUGCUAGUAACACACUGCAGAGGGAGACAGCCCCAUGCCCUCCACUGAAUAUCCAGUCCAUAAUGAACUGUGACAGCAACACAGCAAGUGUGUCCUGGUCCAGUGGCAAUGGAGCUCUGUCCUUUAUGAUGGCAAUGGAAUGCUCUAAUGGACAGAGGUACAUCUGCAGGACCAAUGAAACAGGAUGUGACAUCACUAACAUGGCAUGCGGACAAACAUGCACAGUUAAGGUAGUGGCAGAGGGACGUUCCUGCAACAGCUCUGAAGGGACUGGAUCACCUGUCAUAACAGGUCCUUGUGUACCACAAAAUGUGUCGGCCAGUGUAAGCUGUAGCAGCAACAUAGCAAGAUGCUCACAUGGAUUGCCCUGCACCCCAAGUAAUGUCCUGCCCACCGUGGAUUGUGUCACAAAUGCUUUAGUGGUAUCAUGGACACCUGGUGCAGGAGGACAGUAUUACACGGCCACCUUGCAGGACAGCAAUGGACUGUCCACCACCUGCCAGUCUACGGGCUCACAGUGUAAUGUGACGGGGCUCAGGUGUGGUCAGCUGUACCAUGUCAAUGUGACGGCGUCAGAUGAUCUGUGCAGCAGCCCUCCCAGUGCUACUGUGAACACUAACUCAGUUCCCUGUGCAGCCAGCUUCAUCAGGGCAGUGUUGGAUUGUCAGCUGGGUACAGCCACUGUGUCAUGGCAGUAUGGUGCAGGUGCUCAGGGAUAUGCUGUCUCUGCCUUGGCACCGGUGAACAACAGGGCUAGCUGUACCUCCAACAGCUCCAUCACACACUGUGAGCUGAGCAACCUGCAGUGUGGCAAUGAGUAUACGGUGAACGUACAGAAUUUGGGAUAUACGUGCAAUGCCAGUGCACAGAUGACCGGCUCCUUGAUCACAGGUCCGUGUGUUCCUCAGCAUCUGACAGCGCAGUACAGUCCUUCCACCGCUCUGCUCUCCUGGGAUGUCACUAAAGGUGGUGCCAACUUCACAGCAGAGGCUGUGACCCUCGAGGGCCUGACGGUGACCUGUGAGACCUCUAACACGAGCUGCACCUUCCCAGACCUGGGUUGUGGUGAGAUCUACAACGUCAGUGUGACGGCUCACAACAGUGUCUGCAGUGACACUGUGACCUCUGAUCCUAUCAAGACAGAACCCUGUCCUCCUCAGAAUGUCAAAGCUAGCCUAAACUGCGCCACCCACAGUGCUACUGUUUCCUGGGAGCCCAGCCAGUUGGCAGUGGGAUACGUUGCAUUCCUGGAAGGCAGAAAUGGUCAUUCCACUUCCUGUCAGACAAAUCAUACAUACUGCAGUUUAUUUGAUCUCACCUGUGGAACAGUGUACUAUGUCAGAGUCCGUGCCAUCGGUGAGGUGUUCAACAGCUCUGACAGCAUAGGGGUCAACAUGACAUCAGCACCAUGUCUGUCCACCAGUGUGUCUGCUGUGGUGGACUGUGCUACAGAUUCAGUUCUAGUGUCCUGGAGUUCCAUUGCUGGGGCGGAGAAUUACUCUGUGACCGCUUUGGGGUCAGAAGGUGAAACAGUCUCCUGCUCAACCAGUCAGAACCACUGUAACAUCUCCUCCCUGCAGUGUGAUCAGCAAUUUAACCUCACCUUCGCCACUACAAACCAGCAGUGCCAAAUGACCUCCACCACCAAUGUCACGUUUCAGUCCAUUCCAUGUGUUCCUCAGAACGUGGUGUCUGAGCUGGACUGUUUGUUUAACUUUAUAACUAUAAGGUGGAACAUUAGCCAUGGGGCGGCGUCUUACCUGGUGGUUGCCAAUGGACCUGAGGGUCCAGUGACUGCCUGUAACACAACUGCACAGCAGUGCGGACUGCAAACACUGCAUUGCAGCUCCUCGUACGAUGUCAGCGUCAUUGCAGUCAACCAUCAAUGCAACACAUCAGGAAGUUCCAUCUUACGAAUAAAUACCGUGCCGUGUGUACCUAGUCAUGUGCAGGGCAGUGUAAACUGUACAACUGGAGAUCUAUCUGUAUCCUGGGACCCAAGCGUGGGGGCCAUUUCCUAUGCUGCGGUUGCUCAGACUAGUGGUGGCUACACUUCAGUGUGCAACAGCACCGGAACAGCAUGUGUCUUCUCAGAUCUGCUCUGUGGGAUGAACUAUAGUCUAGCUGUCAGCGCCACUGACGGGACAUGCAACACUGCACAGAGUCAACCAGUUGUGCUGAGUACAGUGUCCUGUAAGCCACAGAAUGCUAGCGCCCAGCUCAACUGUGACACCAACUCUGCAGUUGUAAGUUGGGAGCUCAGUGAUAACAUUAAGCGUCACACAGUCCAGGCUACUGGUUCUGAUGGACAUCGCAUCGACUGCUCCAGCUUCGACCACAGUUGUACAUUAUCUGGCAUGCACUGUGGCCAGAGCUAUAACAUUACCGUCACUGCCUUGGAUGGAGUAUGUGACAAUAGCAACAUGCACCUCUUUCUGCAGUCAGCUCCAUGUGCACCUAGCAAUGUUCAGACGUCUUUGCAUUGCGACAUCAGCAAUGGUGGUGUUGUGUCUGUGUCGUGGGUGCAAGCAAACGGGGUGGAGUCUUACACGGCUGUGGCUGAGUCUAAUAAUGGUCAUUCCUACUCUUGUAACACCACCGCUGCCUCCUGUGAUCUACAGGAACUGCAGUGUGGUCAGAUUUAUAAUGUGUCUGUCUACUCACUGGCUCAUGGCUGUGGGCGAGUGAAGAGCACUACGUCUCAGGUGCAGACAGCUCCAUGUCCCCCUCAGAACGUAUCUGCCAUUGUGCAGUGUGAUUUAGGGUCUGUGCUGGUGAGUUGGAACCCAGCAGUGGAUGCCAGCCAGUUCAGAGUUGAACUGGAGUCCGAGAGCACCGGUACGAUCUCCUCCUGUAACAGCACAAACACACAGUGCUCCAUCGCCCAUCUGCCCUGUGGAGAGAGAUUCAACCUCAGUGUGGUGGCACUGAGAGGCGGCUGUCAGAGUCAACCAAUCAGUGACCUUUCCAUCUCCUCAGCUCCAUGUAUCCCACAGGGGGUCACCGGUACUGUGGACUGUGUUACUAACUCUGCAUGGGUAUCAUGGGAUGUAGAUAAUGGUGCAGAAUCUUACACUGUGCUGGCUGUAAGGGAUGACGGUCACAAUUCCACCUGUAGCAGCUCAAACUCCACCUGUAAUGUACCUGACCUGGGGUGUGGAAGGAGCUACACCUUUCACGUCACUGCCUCAAACGCUGCUUGCGUGAGCCCACCCAGCAACAGCUUUCAGCUGGAGACAGCACCUUGUGCCCUGUCAUCCAUCCUGGUGGUGGCUGAAUGCCACAGUUCUGUUAUCAUGGUACAGUGGCAUAGAGCUCGGAGUGGAAAUUCUCUCUACAUUGCCACAGCAGAGGAUCAAGACCGUUCCCUCCUUUCCUGCAAUAGCUCCGCUUCUUCAUGCAACUUUACCAAUGUGCAGUGCGACAAGGAGUACACCAUCAUUGUAGCCGCUUCAGCCAACCAAUGCAGCAGCCUCCGCAGCCCACCCUACAAGAUCAGAACUGCACCCUGUCAGCCCUCAUCAGUACAGGCCGAUGUAGACUGUCAGUCGAAGGAUGUGUUUGUGUCAUGGGACCCAUCAUACGUGGCACAGUCGUACCUGCUUACUGUAGUCGGCAGAAAUGGAGACUUGAAGACGUGCAAUACCUCGGACAAUAACUGCACGCUAACCGAUCUGCGUUGCAGCAACACCUACUAUGUGUCCGUUUUAGCCAGUAACGAGAACUGCACCAGCCUGCCCAGUGCUAACAUCACCUUCCAAACGGUGCCGUGUGAGCCAGCCAACUUAACUGCAAACAUACAGUGCGGGAACAGUAGUAGUGCCUCAUUGUCAUGGGUGGGGAGUACAGGGGCGGUGGUCUACACGGGACUUGCUCAGUCAGAAACUGGCACAACAGUCUACUGUGAAACCACACACACGUCUUGUACUCUGGAGGGCUUAGUGUGCGGCACUGUGUACAACUUUACAGUGCAGGCAACGGAUGGCUUCUGCAACAGUUCCUUGAGUGAACCUCAAACUAAGGGAGCAGCUCCCUGUCCUCCAGCUGGAUUGAGGGUUGUCCCUCGUACAGUAGUGAAUGAUACUCAGAUCUUGAGGGCAUCUUGGUCUACUGUGAAUUGUCCUAAUUCUGAAUACCUCCUGGCGCUCACGGGCAGCAUUCAGGGCAACAGCCAGGCACUCUUUGACCUCGCCUCCUAUUGGACAAGUCGCAGGUUCUUUGAGGUACCCCUCCCUUGUGGCUCCUCCUACAGCGCAACCAUCAGCGCGAGGAACUCUGCCGCCACAAGCGACAAAUCUGCUGCCAUCACUGGAACCACAGUACCUUGUGCCCCUCUGAAUGUGGCGUUCUCUGCAUCAUCGGCGGAAGUGGCAUGGAACCAGGCUCUAUUUGCUACAAACUACACUGUGUAUGGGGUUACUUCUUCUGGUAGGACGAAACUCUGCAUGACCUCACAGCUCCUCUGCUCUGUCACCAAUUUCAGCAGUGGUCACAUUGUCGUAACUGCCAGCAACACUGCCGGGGAGAGUGAAGACUCCGUGCCUGUUUCAGUGACAGCAGGUCGCAGGAGGAGGUGAGACCUGGCACAAAGUGAGAAAGGCCCGACCAACCCUGAGUAAAUGCUUGUAUCUCAUCGCACUCAAACUCUUGCCUCUGAGAAUUCCUGCACUUACCUAAGAAUUUGUGAAACUCUGUGAUAUUUAACUUUUGCAUGUUACAUCAAUUCUGGUUCAAGGUUCUUUUUUUUUUUUUUUUAACAAUAUUUAAGGGUGAAAUACAUUGAC